AUGGACAAAGGCAACAAAGAAGUCGGGAUUUGGUCUGUAUCUGUCUUUCUGCUGAGUGGCAAGCAGCAAGCCGAGCAAGAGGCACGGAUUGCCAAAACGAUUUCUGCCGACUGCAGUGGUGCAGAUUGGCUAACGCUUUUAAUGUAUCGGAUAGGACAGGCAAUAAUGCUCAGGCCGACGGAUGGAUACAAAAGCAGCAGCAGCAGCAGCGCCACCACUACCACCUCCAUUACCACCACAGCCAUCACCACCAUGGCGGCAGCGAAAGUAUUUCCCUGA